AUGGAACUCCAAGAAAAAGACAACCAGACCAUUGACCAGGCGGUAGAGGUCAGCGAGGACGAGGGAGGGAUUGCUCCGGGGAAUGAAAUUACCGAUCUCAGGCUGCUUCUGAUUCAUAUCGGACUCUGUCUCUGCACCUUUCUUGUCGGCCUGAUACGAUAUCCGAUAUGUGCUAGUCAGUCCCUGGCUGGAAAGACAUUCACCCUCUUCCCCAAGAAGUGGACCUAUCUAUCUGCUCACGUUACAUGGCGCUGGUGUUUCUACAUCCACCUGCCAAUCGGAGCCUUCUCCGUGACCGCAUUCGUGCUGUUCUUCCGUAUCAAACCCGCACGGACGGAGGAGGGUGCAACCUUGCAGAAGCUCAAGGCUCUGGAUGGCGUGGGAUUCAGCUUCUUCGCAGGCGCGGUUGCGAUGCUCCUCUUGGCUCUACAGCUUGGGGGCACCAGUGAGCUUUACGCCUGGGACUCCUCGCGGAUUAUCGGCAUGUUUGUUGGCUCCGGCGCCACCUUUAUUGCAUUUGUGUCCUGGCAGUUGUACCUCCAGAAUGCGGCCCUGAUCCCACCGCAGCUGUUUCGUCACCGAAACACUUCCCUUAUCUUUUCCUCGGCAGUGUUCUCCAAUGGGCCCUUCCAGUGUAUCGUGUACUGGCUCCCAGUGUGGUUCCAGGCAGUGCUCGAGGUAUCCCCGACUGCCAGUGGAGUCAGGUAUCUGCCCACCGUGAUUGCCGACGUUGUCACGUCUAUUGUUGGCUCAGUACUCGUCACAUACUGGGGCCAAUAG